AUUAUUAAAAUAAUAUUACUUUUUACCUUGUGAUGCUAGUGGAGUAGAUAUUUAUUAGCGUACAAUCUAACCAGGAACGAGACCGGACGAUGAGUGAAACAAAAAUUACCGAAUACAAGCUGCUCGAGCGACUCGGCAGCGGAACGUACGCAAUUGUGUACCGAGCCAUGAAAAAGACUACAAAAGAGAUUCUGGCGGUGAAGGUGAUGGCAAAGAGUAAACUCUCACAUUCGGCUAUGGAUAAUAUAAUUAGUGAGAUAAGCUUGCUGAAGAGGCUAAAGCACCGGCACAUCGUGGAGAUGCGUGACUUUCUCUGGGACGAUGAAAAUAUUUACAUACUGAUGGAGUAUUGCAAUGCCGGCAACCUUUCGUCGUACAUCAAGCAGAAUCGCACGCUGGACGAAGUCACCUGCCGGCGGUUCCUGCAGCAGCUGGCCCUUGCCUUGCGCUAUAUGCGCCAAAAUGAUGUGAGCCAUCUGGACCUGAAACCGGCCAACCUGCUGCUCACGAAAGAGUCCGGCACUUGCACGCUGAAGGUUGGCGAUUUUGGGUUUGCCCAGCGGCUGAAGCUUAACCAGGAGAAUACGGCAGUGAAAGGGUCGCCGUUGUACAUGGCACCAGAAAUAUUGCUAAACACCUCCUACGGCCCAGCGGCCGACUUGUGGAGCGUGGGCGUGAUUCUGUACGAGUGUCUGUUCGGCAAGGCACCGUACAGUUCGACCAGUCUGCACGAGCUAGCCGGUCGUAUCCAUCGGAACGAUCCGAUCACCAUACCGGGACGUCCGACAAUUUCGUCUGACUGCCGCCAGCUACUCACCAGUCUGCUGCAGCGUGAUCCGGUCCGUCGCAUCACGUUCGAGAAAUUUUUCGACGAUCCGUACCUUGAUCUGGCCCACACCGCGUGCGAAGAAAAUCUCGAAAAAGCGAUCGCAUUGAUCAACCGUGCGAUCGAGAAAGAACAGCGACAGGAGCUGGGUGCUGCCUACCGUGCCUACUGCCAAGGUCUGCAGUAUUUUGUACCGAUAACGCGUGCCGAAUCGGAUCCGACCAAAAGAAAGCUCCUGAGGCAACGCGUCUUAACGUACCUGCACCGUGCCGAAACGCUCAAGCAGCACAUUUACGCCAACAGCCAGACGAUGGAGCAGCAACAACAGUACGGAGCGACGACGUCACUAAAUACGAAACCGACACUAAAUGCGAAAAAGAUCGACCCUGCUUCCGAGGGCAUUUCAGGUGCGCCUAAGGAUAAUGCAACAGAUGCGAAUACACCAGAACCAGGGUUAGCUGAGCUGGCACGUGAUUUUGAAACCAUUGCCCAAGGGCUCAAGAUUGCGCGGGACGCAGAUAAAGAUGCGUCGGAAAACAGGUUGGAUGUCGCACUGGACGGUUACACGACCGCGCUCGGUUUGCUCAUACCGGUACUUCACAAGGACAUUGCGCCUUCGCAAAAGAAACAGCUGCGACAACAGAUCGUACACUGGAUGGAAGAAGCUGAACACAUCAAAUCGAUCCGUUCGGCACAAAUCAUGCAGGAGAUGGAAAGCACGGAAGCGAAUCAUUACGCCUGCACUGUCCAGUGAUGGACUGUCUAAUUAAAUCCAAAGGAAAACCACACCAUUUGCUCUCUCGCUUUUCAAUGACACAUACUUAACGGUUCGAUUACACACAUCGCCAUCAUUCAAAACACGAGAAGCACGGGAUAUCACUGAGCUGAUCGGAAUUAGCAUAAUCGAGAGAGAACACAUUUAACGUAAUUUGAUUUUAUGUAAUGUAUUCGGGUGAUUGCAGAUAUUUUUUCUUCUAACUUUAUUGAGCUUCUAGCACGAUUCCAUCUAAACGGCUCUUCGUCUUGUAGAUGUCAUGGAUGCAUGGAUGUUGUGAUAUCAAAUUAAGCUUGCCUUGCGAAUUAGCGUGCUUAUGCAGCAGUGAUGGAAGCGCUAACCAUCAACAAGCGGAAUUUUCGAUUCUAUUCCAGUAUUCGUAAAUGAAAACGAUUUGUUCCUAUGUAGCGCAUGCACGGCUUUAUUAAUCACCGAGGAUGAUGUACGGUGUACCGCGCAGCAGCAUCAUCGAACCACUACCCAGUACACAAUGAGAUUUCCCGUUUUAAAAACAAUAAAAGAAACACGAUACACGAAAGGUCGUAAAUCGUAUUUACGCAGUGUGAUUUAGACGAUAGUAAAAAUGGAAACUAAACUUAUCAAACAACCCCAUCGGCGGACAGGGGUUUGUGCGUUGCGUGAUUAGUUCAAUGAAAUUAAUUUUAUACCAAUGGUUCAUGGUGUUUUGUUUUUUAUUCGCAAAAAAAACCAACCAGGUUUUCAUUCCCGGAUUAAACGAGACGCGCAUAUAGCGUAUUUCCGGGAGAUGCCAACAUUUGCCGGAAUGCAAAUCAUAGUGCAGCGAUUGGUAGGCUUUGGUAUGCUGAAUUUGAUUUAUAACACUAAUUGCACGCCAUGGUGAAUGUUGUUGUAAAGUGUAUGAAGUAAAGAAAGCAUGUAAAAUGAAGAUGUAGUUUACCAUUGAUUGGAAAAGCUAAAUUAGGUUUUGGGGAGUUGCACUAGUUAAAUUGAUUUCCCAAUAUCGUUUAUUACGUACCAUUAUCGUUUGUUAAGUUUUUUACUCU